CUGCUACUUGUCACUAUACACCUCACCCUGUUCCACCUGUUCCAUUCGCCUCCAGGAUUUCUCACCAGCAGCAGUACGCUGGGAUUUGCUAGUUCCCCGACCAUCUACCUCCUGGGCACUGGUAGUGUAAGGGCAUGAUUCAUAGUGAAGAAACACAGUUCCUCUAAGCACAAAGUAUCCCGUUCAGAGAAUGCCGAGCAACCUGUUGAAGCUGAGCUCUUCAAUCAUGGAAUCCGGGUUCCAUAACCGCAGUGACUUUGAAAGAAGUGGAAGUUUUGAUAGUCAAAGCAGCCAGUGUUCAAGGUCUAGAAGCUCUCACUUCGAUGAUGAAAACUUGAAAUACUUAACAAAUGAAGAGAAAAAUGCCCUCAUGUUUUUGGAAGAAACUUUAGAUGCUUUUGAAGAUGAACCUGAAGAACCACCGCUUUCUGCUAAUUCUAGUCUUGGCUAUUACUCCCCGAGGUCAACAGAAGAUAGCCACUCUGACACUGAUGACAUUAUCGAUCUGGUGGAGACUGACCACAACCAUGUUGAGAUUUCACCUGAAGACUCUGGAAUUGGAUUAGGCAGUACUAACUGGAAUCUUACUAAAAAAGACUCUUGGACCUCACAAUCACCCACAACAGUAAGUUCACCUGUGACUAUUCCACUGAAGGAAACUGAGAAUCUUUCUCCUGACCUGUCAUCAGAACAACGAAAACUACAUGGGGCUAUUCCAACACCUGUAAUUAUUGCUCAAAAAAUGUUCGAGAAAAGACGUGAAAGUGGAAACUUGUCACCCAUGUCACCUAAAGAUGAGAAGUCACCAGAACUGAAAAAAAGUGUUGGUACCUCACCAAUCAGUGAAGGUCAUUUUAUAUUUCCAGGAUCACCAAAUACCAAACCCAGUCGUUUUCCAAACAACAUAAUUAUUAAACAAGUUGGGAAGCAGUAUAACAAAACUAUUGCCAAGGCAGCUGUCAAUGUACAGGAACGUAAAGCUCAAGUGUUGGCUCAUUUACACGGUCCUGGAUGGUUUGCAGAUGAAAUUGAUGCAACAAAUCGUCAUGAACAAGUGGGACGGAGAACUUCAUUUCGGGAAGUCCCUUCUGAGCAGACAAGAUAUGAAGCCCUCGUCAAACUUGGCUUAGUUAAAGAAAUCCCUGUUCAAGCUGAUGUAGGCAAGUCUAUCCCUGUUCAAGCUGAUGUAGGCAAGUCUCCUGUCUCAAAUGGUGAGCAUUCAGUCACAAUGUUACCUCCAGAAACGAGCAGAAGGCAUUCAAAUGAGAAUGAGAGUAUCAGCAAAAUCUUGAUGAACGAGCCAAGUGCCUUUGUUCCUCUGGGAAAAACAGUUGUUAUAAAAGGUGAACCAGGAACUUCUAUAGAAAGGAACAAACGACCCAGUAGCGUACACAUUGCACAGGAGAAAACGCAGAUAAAUACUAAUCAGGAAAUUAAAAGAACUUAUUCAAUGGCAAGACCUACAGGUUUAUGGUCUCAAGGAAUUACAGUGCAGUUCUCAGGACGUGACUCUUCAGAGGACUCUAGAAAAGACGCUUUGAGAAGACUCGGCCUACUGUCAGGACAUUGAAAUAAUUCCAUGUUUUCUGGACACAGUUGGAAUUCACUUAUGACUUUUUAUGUUGUCUAUGUUCUAUACAAGGCCACAUUCUCACAACCACAAGGAACGGAGCAGUGACUUACAACUACUUAUAUGUACAGUUGGUUUUAUGUAUGUAUUAUAAUUAUGCAUCUUUGAUUUUUAAUGCAGUCAUAUUAUAGAAAAUAUGAAGGGUCGAAUGUUAAAGUUAAGACUACAAAUGGAUUCUCCAGGGCAAAACAAUUCUGUGUACUUCUCAUGGAUUUAAAUUAGUUUGCUUAAAAUAGUGGAGAAACACAUUGGUUAAUUAAUACUGUUAUUUUAGUUGUGAUUUUUUUUUUUUUUUCAAAUCUGUGUUUAACUAUGAUAUCUAUAAAUAACAACUUUCUAUUUAUUAACUUUUUUGCAUCUUAUUGUAAAUAUGACAGGAUGUGUAAUGGUUCUUAGAGCAGAAUACCUUCUAGAGAAAUUUAUGCCUCUUUGCAAUGUCCAAGAAAUAUCCAGUUACUCUUUUUAUUUGAAAUCAAUGGCAACAGUUAUUUUUGGGAAUGACAUAUUAAAGCAACAUUCUAGAAAUAUUUCAAGAAUAUCUAACAAAAUGAGGACAUUUACUAAUCAAAAUGUGGCAAAAUUCUGCAGUUAUUUGCAUAAAAAACUGGCUUACAUGCUUUGCACCACCAUUAAGUGUUUUGGACACCGUUUUCAGCUUGUCAGACAUGGGGGUGUGACUUAUCAGCAAACAGGCAAGGCCUAAUUGAAAGGGAACAUGCCUUUUAGAUGGACCAUUCACAAUUCUGGAGUAAAGUAAGCCACCUACCACUUGGUGUAAACUUAACUAGUCAGUCUAAAAGUGCGCCCUGAUUUAGUCUGGGGCUACAUGGCAACGUGUGUCCUGUGAUUUACAUCAGAUCAGUGACAUUACUAUAGGGAAUACAGAGGUUCCUGUUUCAACUGGUCUCUAAAAGGACAGUAGAAUUCUAAGUGCUAAGGGAUGGUUUGCUAACCAUAUAGACUUUGCAUCAAAGCCCUGAAAGUUCAAAUUCUGUAUAUUAAGAGUUACAGGUAUAAAUUUAAUUUCCUGCCACUAUAACAUUUUUCAGACGUUCCAAAAUGCAAAGAAGGAAAUGCUUGUGUCUACAUAUAUUUAGUAUAAAUUUCUGCAAAAAUACCAGAAGCUAAAGAAUGUCGUUAUUCAGAUUUAUUAAUAAUUCACCAGAUGCCUCUAGCAACCUUGUGUGGAAACACAAGUCAACAAUUUGGAGCAGGUAUGCAUGCCCAGAUACCACAAAGAGCCUUCAGUAUUCAGUCUGACAGGGACCACAUUCUACUCAUAUGACCAUGAACUCCUAAAAUGUUCAUUACACCUGUGAGAUGUUUAGUGUUUUUCAAUUUCAUCAAGUGCAAUGAGAUCUACUGUAUUACCUGGGACAUGUUCUGUAAUAAUGCCGUAUAUACUAUAUUGGAUACUCAAUGUCGAAUACUGGGUUAUUUGAAAUCCAAAGAAAACGUCUUCAGGCACAUACAUGUCGGUAUAUACUUAAUCCAGUUUAAGUGUUUAAACUUCACAAACUUUGGGCUUCACACGCUUUACUCUUUGAACACGGCACUUAAAGUACAACGCAUAACUUUAGGAGAAGCCUUUUUGAACUAAAUUUCUCUGGCUUCUCUUUUGAAAUACAUGCAAUAGACCUGUCCUUCCAGACUGAUUAUGAAAAAUCACUGGAAUUAGUGUCUGGCUUCACAAGCAGCACAUAUGUCUGCUGUUGUGUUACUUUUGUGUUAAUUUUAGGCCACAGAAUGUCACCAUCCAUCCAGAGAAUUUUGCUGAGAAAUAUAAUAUAAUACCAUAGAUUUUGCUGCCAUAUCUGUCAAGAAUCUGGAAAAUGAGCAAAUUACAUUGAACUUUGUGCCAAAUAUAUUGUUGCCAUUCAAGGGAGAAGCUGUGAUAAUAUCUUCCUCAUUUUUAUGUGUAAAGGGCUGAUUUCAUUCUCUGAAAAUGGAUUGUUAUUACACUGUAAAAUAUGAGGAAUUUUUGAUCCUCUUGAUCAUUAAAAUAGGAGUUAAAUUUGAGUGGAGUGGCAUUUUAGAAUACUGUGAAAUGAGUUAUCAAACAACGAACCUCAACAUACUAUCAACUGGCAAUACAAAUACAUUUGUUCAACUACGGGCUUAUUUUUUACCUUUUAUAGUCUGUAAAAUAUACUUUAUAUCAUAUACUUUAUGUACUGUACCUGUGUUGCUCAAAAUAUA